AUGGCGGGCGCGCUGGGCGUGGGGCCGGGGGUGCUGGCGCUGCUGCUGCUCUGGGCCAUGGCGCUGCUGCUCGUGAUGGCGCUGGCCCGCGCCGGCCGCGCCCGGCUCGGCGCGGUGCCGGUGGUGCUCGGAGCCGCCGCGCUCACGGCCGCGCUGCUGCUGUUCCCCCGGGAGGGCGAGAGCCCGGCCCCCGCCGGCGCUGAGGAGGUUGUGGACACCUUCCUCAUCGGGCGCUUCGUCCUCCUGGCUGUGAUGAGCCUGGUGUUCCUGGGGUGCCUCUUCCUGUUCCUGAUCUUCCACCUCAUGGAGCCUGUGUAUGCCAAGCCACUCCACAGCAGAUAGAGACAGCAGUCUCUGCAAAAAGGACAUCCUGAUAAUGGCAAUAAACCAGAAGAGACACCAGGAGGCUGCUCUGGAGGUGACCCUGAUGUUCUUUCUGAGCUCAGAAAGAGCCAGCAAAGCAAGUGAAGCCUUUGCUUCAUCUUAAAAAGCAACGUUUGGUCUGAGCACGAGCUCCUUCCUCCUCAGGGGUUCAAGCCUCUGCACCUGCAAAGGUGUGUGAACCUCUGAAUGCUGCUCUCAUUUACAGAGAGCUCAGAUCCAGCACUUGGUGCUGCUCCUGAUUCAGUGCACUGAACCAAGAUGGUUUGUUAUUGUUACCCACAGGAGAUGGGUACAGCAAACAAACAAACAUGUAACAAGCAAGAGCAGUUUGUUACUGCUCCUUUUUCACUGUGGUUUAAUAAAACUCUUUGAGAAAUCCC